UUUCAAAAAUGUAGAAACGCCACGCGCCUGAAAUUCCAUUAGAGCGGACUCGAAAUUCCUAAUUAAACUAAAAUUGAUUUCCUCCAUACAAUUCCGACCCUCAGCGGGAUUCUCUUCACUAUACUUAAUUUACACCAUUUAUCUUUCUCCCAAAAUAAUAUAAUCUAAAAAAAAUAUAAAUAGCAAAAGAAAAGAGCUACCAGUACACCCAAAAAAAAAAAAAAAAACACAACAACAAAUAUAUCACUUGGUUGUUCUAGGGUUUCCCAUAAGAUCCUUUUUCCCUCUCUUCAUUCGAACGAAUUGCUGCUGUUUCGGUUGUUGUAGGGUUUCGAUUUGUGUAUGAAUCUGUAGAACUUUCUAGAAGAUCGAGAGAAGGAUAACGGAGAACGAUGGCGCCUCUAGAGAACGAGCUUGAACGGAAGAUUGAUGAAGUUGGGGAUAAGCUUAUGGAACAUCCCGUUUCACUUGAUGAACUAUUGCCUAUGCUUGACCAAGCUGAGUCUUUCCUGUCAAAAGUGGAGCAAUCACCGGGGAAGUCAAUGCAUGAAGCACUUUCUCCAUUGAUGAAGGCAUUGGUUGCAAAUGACCUCUUGAGGCAUUCUGAUGUUGAUGUGAAGGUCGCAGUUGCUUCCUGUAUUAGUGAGAUAACUAGAAUUACUGCACCAGACGCUCCAUAUGAUGAUGAGAAAAUGAAGGAUGUCUUUCAAUUAAUUGUAUCAUCCUUUGAGAAUUUAAAUGACAAGUCCAGCAGAUCAUAUAAUAAGAGGGUGAUGAUCCUUGAGACAGUGGCCAAGGUCAGGUCAUGUGUUGUCAUGCUGGAUCUAGAAUGUGAUACGCUCAUUACUGAAAUGUUUCAGCAUUUCAUUAAAACUAUAAGAGAGGAUCACUCUGAGAGUGUUUUCCCAUCCAUGGUAACAAUCAUGACUCUUGUGCUGGAAGAAAGUGAAGAAGUACCCAAGGAAUUGCUUACCCCUCUAUUGACUAGUGUUAUAAAGGACAGUGCGGAGGCCACACCAAUUGCUAAAAGGUUGGGAGAGACGGUACUUGCAAACUGUGCAGCGAAGCUUAAGCCUUACUUGCCGCAAGCAGUAGACUCAUUGCAAAUCCCCUUGAAUGAGUACGAUAAAAUUGUUACUUCAGUGUUGGAAGGGACUCUUCCAGCUGUUGAUGGUAUUAAUGACAGUGCUCCCAAGGACCAAUCGAUGGCUGAGAGCGCAAGGGAGGAGGCAGGUUCGGAAGAUGUUGAUCCUGCUGUGAAUGGAUCUCCCAAGUCAAUCACAAGUAAUGGCGUCAGUUUGGAGAAUGUGGGAUUGGCUGCUGAAACAGAAUCGUCGAUGAAGGCUGGGGAUCAUGAUGAGGUAGAUCUGCAUGAUGCUUCAAAGAUACCAUCCAAAUCUGAAUCUGAUGAUUCAAGGGUUGAAAAAUCUACGAAGUCAGAGUCCAAGUCAGAGCAACCUGCUAAGAAAAGAGGAAGGAAGACAAACUCUUCAAUAAACUCAGCAGAAUCUUCUCACCAAGCUUCUGAAGAAAGUGGUAAAGAAACAGAGAAACUUCAAGAUCAUCAGAAUGAUCAAAACAAAGAUGACCAAAGAUCAGCUUCUGAAGACCCAGCGGUUGAGCAGUGCAACUCGUUGGAGAAGGAACCAGAAACUACUCCUCAACACUCUGCGCCUAAAGAAUCGGAGGAGGAAGUUGUGAAUGUUGCUCCUUCAUCCCUAGGUGAGAGCGUUCCUGAUGAGAGUGCACCGAAGAAGGAUGAUCAGCCAAAGGACGACAGUUUAAAUCAAGAAGAGAGUGCAUCUGAGAAGGAAUUUGAAGCUGGAAGUGACUUGGAAGCUAAGCAGGCGAGGCGCUCUUUGAAGAAAACUCCUUUAGAGCCUUGUCGUAAGGAGAAAGGUGGAUCCACCAGUGAUACAGAGCUUAAAAAGCAGAAGCAAUCGGGUAAGAAGAUUGAUACCAAAAAUAAGAGUCAGGUUGGUCCAUCUGUGAGAAAUAAAGAAGAUGGCAAAAAGCGUGGACAUGGAAAAGCUAGUCUGGAGACGGUGCCUUCACAAGAGUCUCCUGGUCACUCUGUUAAACAGGAUGAAGAUAAUGAAGUGGAAAUCCCCAGGACUACUGUAAAGAGAAAACGUUCUUCAGGAAAGGGCAGGGGUAGUAGGCAAGUUGUGCAGGAGAGAGCACCUACGCCAGAGUCUCCUGAUAACUCUAUUAAACAUGAAAGUGAUGAAGAUGAAACACUCAUGACAAGUGCAAAGAAAAGGGCUUCUUCAGGCAAGAACAGGGUAACAGAGGCUGUGCAAGGUGGUAGGAACCUGGUUGGUAAAAAGAUCAAAGUCUGGUGGCCUUUGGAUGAGAAGUUUUAUGAAGGCAUUGUUGGCAGUUAUGAUUCUUCCAAGAAGAAGUUCACAGUUAACUAUGUUGAUGGGGAUGUAGAAAAAAUCAAUCUCUCGAAGGAACGCUGGCAACUUGUUGAAGAUGAUAAUAUUUCAGAAGAGGAGCAAGUAGCAAGUGCUGAUGCAGCUUCUGAAAGUCAUAAGAAGAAAAAACCUAGAAAUACUGAACCAUCAUCAAAGCACGAAAUGGAGGCUACACCCAAAAGCAAGUCAAAAGACACAACAAAAUCUGGACAGAAAUCCAAGGGUAAGCUCAACUUGAAAGACAGCACCUCAAAAUCUGGUGGGAGAACUGACGACACAAUCAGCAACAAGUCUGGGGCCCAAUCUAAAAAGAGCACGGGCAAAUCUGUUGAUACUGAAAAGCUAUCUGCCAGGUCGAAAGAUGUUAGAAGUACUCCAAAAUCCAAGUCCAGGCAAGACACUCCAUCAACGACAGCCAACAAAUCCAAGCAAGAAAGUGUUAAAGCUGCCAUGAAGUCCAAAAAUAAAACCUCCCAAAGUGGUGGCAAGCCCAGUGCCAAUGGCAAGGAGAAGUUAAAAUCUAGUUCGUCAAAGGUUAAAGAGAGUGAGAACCCGAAGGAAAGACCUGAUAGCAGCAUCAAGGAGAAAUUCUCUAGCUCAUCGAAGGAACGGCAAAAUGAGACAAAGAGCGGGAAGAAGCGAGCGAGAGGAAAAAACUGAUUAUUUGUUGCACAUGUUGUAAUAGUGGAGCACCUCUUUUAGUUGCUACUUACAUACCUGGACCCGUGGUGGCUCAUUGAAGAGGCUAUGGUGCCUAAUAUGCCUUGUAUACUAUUUGCUGUGUGGCACAAUCUAGAGGCGCAGCUUGCGAAUGCUCGUCUUAGGUUCUUGGGUACGGUGGUGUUAGGUUUCUGAGUAGGGUCUUUCAGUGUUUAAAUCAUAUUGGUAGAGAUGUAAUUGGUUAGAUUUAUCAUUUUGGCUUCUAGUUGUAUUUACUUAUAUACUUUUAGCCCUUUAGCACAUGAAGAAGAUACCCUGUUGAUGAGGAUUUUAUGGUUGUGUAAGCUGAUCAUAAAUUACUUCUA